AUACGAAAAGGAAAAAAAAAAAAAAAAACAGAAACUUAAACAGAAACAGAAACAGGAAGUUAAAACAAAAUAAGCGAACCAUGGUAUUUGAAGGAAUGUAAAAAAGAAAAAAAAAACUUUGAAGCGAGAAGGAAUAUGAAUAUUGUGACAGAAAACAUUCAGAGCUGAUAUAAAAAUAAUUAAUUAAAAAAUUGAAUUAAAGCAGAGCGUAACUUGAAAAAAAAAGCUCAAUUGCAUUACCCCAAGUUAAGUACCAAAAGAGACACAAAGAAGCAGUGCCCACAUAUGCAGAGGAGUAAAAAAAAAAAUUAAAAUAAAACGCAUUUUUAACAGAUAAAAAGAGACACACAAGGAUUUGUACAUAUACAUAUACGUAUACAUAUGCACAUAUAAAUAUACAGAUAAACAGACAAAGCGUUAGCUAAGAAUUCGAGGACGCGCACUUUUGCCCUUUAACCACUCGCGGCGUAGCAGAGCACACACUUGCGCGCGUACAUAAAAAUAAAUAGCUAUAUAUAAAAACGUCAAACGUAUUUAAAAAAAAAAAAAAUUUUUUUAUAAAACACCUUGAGCAAAAUGAAGAAAGAUAGAGAGCCAAUAGACGAAGAUGAAAUGAGAAUCACGUCCACCGGAAGGAUGACCAACUAUGUGAACUAUGGUGCCAAAAUUUUAGGGGAAGAAGAUAAAAAAAGCUUGAAAAUAAAAGCCACGGGAAACGCCAUCGGAAAAGCAGUAACUCUAGCGGAAAUAAUCAAAAGGAGAUUUAAAGGGUUGCAUCAGAUUACCAGGUGCGGUAGUACAGUCAUCACGGACCAGUACGUUAGUGGACAAGACAACAACGAACAUGUUGUGCAAGAGAAAACCGUUUCUUUUAUUGACAUUCUGCUAUCGAGAGAUCAGUUAGAUGUGAAAGACGCAGGCUACCAACCACCAUUGGAUGAGAAAUAUGUGAAAGAAAUGUCACCUGAAGAAAUUGUGAACACGAGACCAUUUAGAGGAAGAGGAUUCAGACCCAGAUUCUUCCGUGGAUUUAGAGGUGGCAGAGGUGGGUUCAUGAGACGAGGUGGAUAUAGGCCAUUUGGAGAUAGAAUGUAUGAAGGUAGAAACAGCUUUAGAGGAGGCAGAGGAUAUGGUGGCAGUUUUGGUAGAGGUGGUUACAGAUCUGGUGGCGGAAUGGGCGUAUCCGGAAGAGGCGGUUUCAGAGGAGGAUUCCGUGGAGGCAGAGAUGGCGGUUACCGCGGAGGUAGAGGUGGUUUCCGAGGUGGCAGAGGUGGCUUCAGAGGGGGCAGGGCUUUAUCAUAACUGAAGAAAUUUUUAAAUGAAUUUGUUUAAUUUUUGCGCUUGUUCAAGGGGGGAAUUCCUAUAUGAAUGCAAAUAUGUAUCGGCGUGUGGGUGCUCGAUUGUGCCAUUGUUCUACUGCGUGAAUUUGUGGAGUGUGCCAGCCCAAAGCGCAGACGCUAUGAGCGUGCGGGGCGCAUGCACAAGGGUGUGCAGUGGCGCGGGCGCAGUGCACAAAAAGAUUCCAGGGAGAACGGAAUAAUGCAAAGCAUUUUUGUUACGCAUUUGAACUUGUGUACGGUGUACAUCCACGCAUAUUCAGUGCAGGCACGGCGCAGGCACAACGCAUACGCACCGCGCUUUAUAUAAGCAUACAUAGGCAUCCUUGCCGCCUUUCGCAAAAUUAAGCUUACUUCAUUUACCUUCGCAUAUGUGAAGCACCAACAAAAUGUGGAGAGAGAAAAAAAAAAGGGAAGAGCCGCAACAGUACACGCACGAAAUGCGCAUGAGCAUGCACGUACUACUUGAAUAAGCUGAGCAGCAUAUGCGCACGCGUACUGUUGCAUACACGUUUUAUGUAAGCCCCACUUGAGGAGAAAAAGAAAAGAAAUAAACAAACAAAAAAACAAACAAACAAUGAAAGAAAGAAAAAAAAGCUCAAAAUUCCCCAUUAUGUGUACAGCAUUUAUACACAUGCGCACACUAGUGGAGCGACCAGGUGAAGAAGCAGCAACACAUACAUACUGCUGUACACGUUUACACAAAUUGAAGACGCACGAAACAAUGCUCGAGUGUUACCUAUAGAGUGUUAUUUAUACAUUAUAAACUUAAAAAAAAAAAAAAAAAACAAGCUAUAUUUAGUAAGCAUAGUUCAACCAAGCAGCGUUUAGCCGUGCCACAUUUAACCAUCUAAAGUGAGAUCACCAUAAGUUCAAGUCAGAGAAAUAAAUAUAUAUAUUUAUUUAUUUAUAUCUGUAUGCACACAAGAACCAUUUUAUAUAUGCACGAGAAUUUAAGAAACAAAAAAAAAAAAAAAAAAAAUGUUCGCUUUUUUUACAUAAUCGAAUGAAGCAAAAAUUAUUGCAUAACAGUUUAUACGUACAUGUUGUUCCCCCUUUUGCCUCCCUUCUUUAAUAUAUUUCUAUCGAUGCUCAUACAUUUAGAGAGAUUCAACCCCAGCGCUCGUAGCAUGUUCAGUGAUACAACGCGCAGUAAUAUAUUACAAGAAGGUAAAGGGGGCAUGGCAUGUGUGUGUUAUGUAUAUUUUUUUAAAGCCACAAUAUUCCACGACAGUUAAAAAAAAAAAAAAAGACAUAUAUAAUUGCACACAUAUAAGUACAUGUUUAUAAUUGCACGUUUAUAAGUAUCCAUUUACCGGCACCCAUUUAUCAGCACCCAUUUAUCAGUGCCCAUUUAUCAGUGCCCAUAUAUAGACACAUAUAUGAACAUAUCUACAUGACACCGCGUGAUCCAUUUAUUUCCUGCACAACACGCCAUUUUAACCCACCAGAGAGAGAACUGCUUUGCGUUCAGCAUGAGAUGCAAGCACGAAAUAGGUUUUAAAGCAAUUUAUUUUUAAUACACACAUCCCCGCACCUACACAACACAACCAUUUUAAUGAAGAGCAAUUUACGAAGUUUUAAAAGCAGUGAAAGAAGUGAAAGUGUGCUGUAUUUUACACGUCGAGAAAUAUUUUAAAUUUCACUGGGCCAUUUAUUUAAAUUUAUUUAAGCACACAUACAUACGCAUCAUCCACAUUUAUCCACCUGCAUAAAUCAUACACGCCUUUUUUUUUAUCAACAUUUAAAACGACAAAAAACUGCAUUUUGCCAUACACACGAAAUUAAUUCAUUUAUAUUCGUUUAUUU